AUGGUGUUACCCAGCGGCGAGCGCAUCUACCGAAUCCCCGCGUGGAUCAAGCGUGUGGUCCAAGACCUGAGCGUAUCGCCGGCAUAUGAUGCUGUUUUCUGGAACCCGCCAGCAGAUGAGGUAUAUAAAUUCCAGCAUGCGCGGCCCAAGAAGCCCGCAAGCCUGCGCAUCUAUGAAGCGCACGUCGGUAUCUCGUCACCCGAGACUAGGGUCGCUACAUACAAGGAGUUUACGAAGAAUAUGCUGCCCCGUAUCAAGUAUCUGGGAUACAACGCAAUUCAGCUUAUGGCCAUCAUGGAGCAUGCCUACUAUGCUAGCUUCGGCUACCAGGUUAACAAUUUCUUCGCGGCAAGCAGCCGCUAUGGAUCCCCUGAGGAUCUGAAGGAGCUUGUUGAUACCGCCCACGAGCUCGGGUUGAUUGUGCUGCUUGAUGUUGUUCACAGUCAUGCCUCCAAGAACGUCAUUGACGGACUCAACGAGUUCGAUGGAACUGACCACCUCUACUUCCAUGGGGGUGCAAAGGGCCGACAUGAGCUUUGGGACAGCCGGUUGUUCAACUAUGGAAACCACGAGGUGCUACGCUUCCUUUUGAGUAACCUGCGCUUCUGGAUGGAGGAGUAUAAAUUUGAUGGAUAUCGCUUUGAUGGAGUGACCAGCAUGCUCUAUUCACACCAUGGUAUCGGAACUGGCUUCUCCGGCGGCUACCAUGAGUACUUCGGACCUGCCGUUGACGAGGAGGGCGUCACAUACCUAACCCUGGCCAAUGAGAUGCUACACGAGCUCUACCCCGACUGCAUCACAGUCGCAGAAGAUGUCUCCGGCAUGCCUGCCCUGUGUCUUCCCCACGCACUAGGAGGUGUCGGCUUCGACUACCGCCUGGCAAUGGCAAUCCCAGACAUGUACAUCAAGCUGCUAAAGGAAAGCACCGACGACGAGUGGGACAUGGGCAAUCUCUCCUUCACCCUGACCAACCGACGCCAUGGCGAGAAAACCAUUGCCUACGCCGAGAGCCACGAUCAAGCCCUCGUCGGCGACAAAACCCUAAUGAUGUGGCUCUGCGACAAGGAAAUGUACACUCACAUGUCCACACUAACCGAAUUCACCCCGGUCAUCGAGCGCGGCAUGGCCCUGCACAAGAUGAUCCGUCUAGUAACCCACGCCCUCGGCGGCGAGGGCUACCUCAACUUCGAAGGCAACGAAUUCGGACACCCCGAAUGGCUGGAUUUCCCACGUGCCGGCAACGACAACUCCUUCUGGUACGCCCGUCGACAGCUAAACCUAACCGAAGACAAGCUGCUGCGCUAUCAGUUCCUAAACGAGUUCGACCGCGGCAUGCAACUGACCGAAGAGAAAUACGGAUGGCUAUCCUCGCCACAGGCAUACAUCAGUCUGAAGAACGAAAGCGACAAAGUCCUCGUCUUCGAGCGCGCAGGUCUACUAUGGAUCUUCAACUUCAACUCCUCGCAGAGCUUCACAGACUACCGUGUCGGCGUUGACGUCGCCGGCACAUAUCGCAUCGUGCUAGAUACCGACGACGUAGCAUUCGGUGGACUCGGACGAAACGUCAAAGAGACACGCUUCUUCACCACCGAUAUGGAAUGGAACGGGCGGGCGAAUUUCGUCCAGGUUUACAUCCCUACCCGGACUGCCUUGGUCCUGGCUCUGGAAAAUACUUUGUAA